ACCGCCUGCCCGGGAUAUUUUACCGGACCAUGACAGCCUAUCUUUUUGUCGGCUUUUUAGACAGACCGCCCGUAUGGUUAGUAGGCUAAAAAUAGUAUGAUCAACGAAACAUUUACUGUUAGCAAACAACGUGAACUAAAGCCAAAAAAAAGCGGCCCAUGGCUCGUGUAUACAGGAACGCAAAUCAAGCGCUAUGUAUUUGUGCGAUAUCCUGUACACUAAUUGAUGUAUGACGUAAUGCAGAAUCACCAGGCAGUGUGCACCCGCCUUGUUACCCUCAUUGCGCAUGGAUCGCCACGAUAACCUUUCGAUUUUCAAUAGUUGGGCACACAGGCGUCCACUUCCGCAGCGACGCGUCAAUGGUACGGUUGGCAACCUCUCUCAUUGGGUCGUCUGUGACAUUUUAUCGUGGCUCGCCAUUGUCUUCGAAAUAUCGCAAAAGUGAAUAUAAAAGAAUAAAACUGGGCUAUGUAAGCCAGAGACAGGAAGGAGCUGAGGGGGCUGAUAUGCUCAGGAUGCUACCAUAGUCCCCGACCCUCAGGCAUGAGGAUGGGGCUAAAGGUAAAGUUAUGCCAACGUCAUUAUUACCUGAUCUAGGGUGAAACCAUGAACAGCUAUCUGGCAUGGAAGGAAAUCCUGAACAACAUAAAAGAGAAUGCCUCGCGCCUAUGAUCAUGAAACGCAAAAAAGAUAUUGCAUUACCAGGAAGACUCGAGGUAAUACCAUAAUAACAUAUACUUCCGCUUCCGGCUAUUAUGCCCUGUAUGUCUCACUGGCCCAUGAAAAGAGGAACAAAACUAGGAACACAAAAUAAUGACGUGACUUUGGGGUUAAGCCUCAAAGUCAUUUCUUCCACAGCAAGAACAAAAUGGCGGUGCGGACGACAUUUCCUGCCGUACUUCUGAUGGCCGUGCUGUUGUCCGGCCUUCAGCUGGCAUGCCAAAACAUUUCAGAAAACAUCGAGGUACCCGAGGACGUGUCAGUUGGUACCACAGUACUGCGGCUACGGGAUCUUCUUGAUGCCAGUGUUUGUUUUGAAGAACACGGAAAUGGAACGUUUUGGUCGAUAAACAUCACUACAGGGGACGAUUUUGGGCGGUUUAGGGGUCUUGAUGAGAACUUGUCGUUGAUCGUCGCGGCUCCCCUAGACUACGAGCUGAGCUCGCGAUACAACCUGACGGUGGAGCUGACACAUAACGGAUACAUGGGCGUCUGGUACGUGAAUCUUGUCAUCGUGGUCACGGACGUGCCGGGAUACCCACCGCUGUACGACAAACGGUGCGAAACACCAGUUCUACCCGCAGGAGGAAGUACUGAGGACUACACUGUGCUAAGUAGUGACGGAUUCAUCAGUGCAUCCAUUAAUGGUGGGCACCUCAUAAUAACCACCGAUAUUAUAGAAUGGCAUGAAAGGGACCCGAACGUCGUAGAUAACUUCGUGGUCAUGGGAGAUGACUGUUCCUCCCGACUUUUAGUCGGUUCGAGAACUCUAGUUGGACGUAAAGCUUUCCUGAUACCUUGGCUCAAAGGGUUUGCAGCUGGCAGGAUCGAAGUCCCAUGUUACGACAAAAAGUGGAAAAGGAAAGGUAAAAUUACAAUUUUGGACAUUUCUCUUGACAUUAAGCUGCCCAAAUGGGCACAGAAUAGCGGGUACAGCAAGGACGAAGAUGUCCAGUAUGUCUUUUCAAUUGAGAUGAAUGAAAUGUGGUCCACUUCGCCGUAUUGGAUACGCUGUAGUGCUAACAUUACGUUAUUCGACGGCCCAGUAUUAGGCGAGGCAAUAGCGAAGUACAACAUUACAGGCUGUCCUGAGGGCAAGUACGGACUGUACUGUGACAAGAACUGUGUUUGUAAGAACGGUGCCCGUUGCCAUGGCUUUAACGGUGCCUGUGAGUGCCGUCCGGGGUGGAGAGGAAGGGCCUGUGAUAUUCCCUGGCCUGAGGUCGUCAUCACCGCGACACUUGGCGAUUCAGUCGUGAAGUACAUCGGUACCAAUCUGACUCUGACCUGCCUGACUCCACACAUUCAAGUAGCAAAUAUGACGUGGUUGUACCAAACAGGAAACGAAGAUACUGGAACAAAUAUAAUCGAGGAAGCGGUUCAGAACGGGUCCAUCAGCUUUCGACCUAUCUCUGAAUCAACCAAUGGCAAAUAUACUUGUGUGGUAAAGGCUGAAGAUGGUAAACUUUUCAAUGCCAUCUAUGUAUUAAACGCCACCCAAUGUCCACCUAACUAUUACGGGAAGGUUUGCAGCCAAGUGUGUGACUGUCAGUAUGGAGGGACGUGUGACAGGUGGGAGGGUUGUCUGUGUCCUCCCGGUCGUCGGGGAGACAAGUGUGAACACCCAUGCGCACCUGGCACUUUUGGGCUGAACUGCAGCAUGAACUGUUACUGUCAGAACAACGCCUCGUGUGACGCAGUAAAUGGCAGCUGUAUUUGUGCUGAAGGGCAGUCGGGCGAGUUUUGUCAGGUGGUAUUCGUUCCUGACAAUCAUUUCAUUUCUGAUGAUCAAGUCCUUGUUGUGCUGCUGGUAUCUGUCCUACUGGCCAUUGUUGUGAUCGGUUGUAUCGUGACUGGAGUCCUGGUAAAACGCGGCCGCAGGCGUCUUAGGAGUCUAGAACAAACAGAUGUUGGCUCAUUAGAGUUGUCCGUCAUGGAAACCCUUUCGUCUUGGGAAGUGGACAAAGAAGACAUUCGUUUCGAACACAUGAUCGGCGAGGGAGAGUUCGGCCAUGUUGUUAGGGGAAGACUGCGCGUGCCCGAAGGCUACGAGGUUUUGGUCGCCGCUAAAAGUAUCCGGCCUGACCGCAUGACAGCGUCGGCUGUCCGCGACUUUCGACGCGAAAUGGACAUCCUCUCCAGGAUACACGAGGACAAAGUGGGGCACCCGAACGUAGUGAAAUUUCAUGGAGUUGUGACCAAAUCAGACCCUCAAUAUCUCCUGGUAGAGUACGCGAGCAAUGAGGACAUGCGACGGUACUUAUGGAGUAUAAGAGAAGAGUGUAAGACCACAGGGCAUACAAAACUGUUACAACGGCUCUGUUUUGCCCAUGACGUGGCCAGUGGGUUAUCAGAGCUGGCACGUCUGAAGAUCGUGCACAGGGACAUCGCAGCUCGUAAUGUCGUCAUCAGCGACAGGAAGGUGGCCAAGAUCGCGGAUUUCGGGCUGUCUCGUGACGUUUACGUGUCGUCGGCGUACAAACGCACCAACCAGGGCGGGGAGGAGGAGCUGUUACCGCUGAAGUGGAUGGCCGUGGAGUCUUUACGGGACGGGGUGUACACGUGCGAGAGUGACGUGUGGUCGUACGGCGUGCUGCUGUGGGAGAUCGCCAGCUUUGGGGAGGAGCCGCGCUAUGCUGGCGGCCCGAUGCACCCGAACGUGUGCACACUGUUGGAGCUGCUGAGGAAAGGAGUCCGUCUGCAGCAGCCGGAGAACUGCUCACAGCCGCUGUACCGCAUCAUCAGGUCCUGCUGGAUAGUCGACCCGUCCAAGCGCCCGACUCCAGAAGAACUGUGUCAAAAGAUAGACCAGCUGGGGCCGCCGAGACAUGCUGCUCAUCUGGUCAAUCAUGACCUUCGGUGACAAACUGAUUUUGUUUGGAUUAAAACGAGCGAUCGCGAUGAUGACACGGUGACGUAGUGAUAGGCGAAAAGCAGGUGUUUGGCAAAAUAUUGAUUUACACUUUAAACAGUAAUUUGAUGUACAACUUUAAAUAUCAAUUUUCAAUCCAAUCUACUGACGUCCUGGUAGGCACCAGCAGUCGAAUACCCAGGAUAUAAACAACAACAGCGAUGGCUCGUAUAGAGUGUACCUUAUACAGUUUGAACUUAUUAAUUACAUCUUGAGUGAUGGAGCAAAAUGCUCAAUUGACAAGUUAAUUACCAUCUAAACACUUUGUAAAAGUUUGAAGAUCUUAAGUGUAAAUAGUCUUGCAAACAAUAGCUAAUGUAAGUUUAGCUUUUAAGUUUUAAGCAAUUAAUGUUUGCAUGUUGUUCUGACUUCUGAUCGCCGAUGCGCUAAUAACAGCAUUUGUGUGUUUGCAUCCCUUUUAGUAUUAUAGCGUAAUGAGAAACAUGUUAAUUGAAUAGCUAGUAUUCUGGGGGCACUUUUCCUCAAAACUAAAGGAGUUCAGACUUUAUCUAUUUGUUUUUUUGCAUUGAGCAAGAGAUGAACAAUAGAGCAUAUUCCAUAUUGAUGAUCAAAA